AUGGCUGUAACAGUGCCCAGAGAAGAGGAAUGGUGCCUAUACACCAAGGCCAAAGAAGACUCAAACACAGGACCAUCAGACUUCUUAAGAGACUGCUUCUUCAGAGACUUUCCUCCAUCUGGGCAGAAUUGGGACCCCCCAGUGCUGGCCACUCGCCUCUCCAGACCCCUGUCACAGCUCCCAGAAAGAACACUAAGUGUCUAUGAUAGAGAAAAUGGAACGCACAGCACACUGUUGUUUUGCUCUGCUUCCUUUAUCCCGUUUGGCCAUCGGACUUAUGCUGGUCAGGUGGACCCGGUUGGUAUCAAAGCUGUUCUGGUCACAAGCUGUGACUCUGGAUUUGGGUUCUCCAUAGCCAAGCUUCUACAUUCAAAAGGCUUCCUCGUGUUUGCUGGCUACUUGAAGAAGGACAAAGGGCAUGAUGGGGUCAAGGAGCUGGACAGCUUGAACAGUGACUGAUUGAGGACCAUGCAGCUCAACGUCUGCAACGGCGAGGAGGUGGAGAAAGUGGUGGAGAUCAUCCGCUCGAGCCUGAAGGACCCUGAGAAAGGUAUGUGGGGCCUAGUUAACAAUGCGGGCAUCUCAACAUUCGGGGAGGUGGAGUUCACCAGCAUGGAGACCUACAAGGAGGUGACAGAAGUGAACCUCUGGGGCACAGUGCGAGUGACGAAAUCCUUUCUUCCCCUCAUCCGAAGGGCCAAAGGCCAUGUCGUCAACAUCAGCAGCAUGCUGGGCCGCAUGGCCAACCCCGCCUGCUCCCCGUACUGCAUCACCAAGUUUGGGCUACAAGCUUUCUCUGACCGUCUGCGCUACGAGUUGCACCCACUGGGCAUGAAGGUUGGUGUGGUGGAGCCCGGCAACUUCAUAGCUGCCACCAGCCUCUACAGCCCUCAGAGCAUCAAGGCCAUCGCCAAGAUGUGGGACGAGCUGCCUGAGGCUGUGUGCAAGGAUUAUGGCAGAAGUAGCAAGAAGUACUUCGAUGAGAAGAUUGCCAGUAUGGAGACCUAUUGCAACAGUGGCUCCACAGACAUGUCCCCUGUCAUCCAUGCUGUCACACACGCCGACCCCUACACCCGCUACCACCCCAUGGACUACUAUUGGUGGCUGUGAAUGUAGAUCGUGACCCGCUUGCCUGGAGCGAUCUCUGACAUGAUCUACAUACACUGAAGAGGUUGGCAGUGGUCUCUGUCCAGGAGCCCUGGUGGGAGAGGAGGAAAGAGGGAGAGAGGAAGGAGCUCAUGUAGUCACCUCUUGAUUAUCCAAAUGUGGGUUAUCCACUGUCCCCGGAGGACCCGUUACUGGUUUUAGCAUGAACCAGAGGGAAUAACUCAGCCUGACUUGUCUGCAUAUUGAGUGGCUUGGACCUUCACAAAGGAUAUGGUAGUGGCAGGCAGGGGCCCUAAACCUCAGGGCAAAUGUGGUGCAUCCAUCUGUCUGGAGUUGAUUUCAUGCAAAAAUUUUGAGGAAACAUCUUUAUAUUAAAAACAGAUU